CUGCAGCCUGUGACUGAUAUUCUGACAUUCAGACUAAAUGUGGACAGAGUUCAGGACAGUGUGUGUUCUGAGAGCCCGGGUGCCUGCAGCGUCAGUGCUGUCUGUAGAUAAAGACGGAGCAGCGUGGAGAGGAGUGAAGUGAAGUGGAGGAUUUCAGACCUGAAAGAAGGAAAACAUGCCGAGGUCUUUCCUGGUGAAGAGUAAAAGGGCCCACAGCUACCACCAGCCCCGCUACCUGGACGAUGACUACAGUAGACUGGACACUAUACUAGCUCACGUGGGCGCAGAGAGCAAAUCUCAGGCGGAGUUUGAGUCCAACUUGGAGCCACAGGAGGAUGUAAGCGCCGGCGCUGACAGGCUGUCCCCCGGGUCCAGGCUGCUGUCCCCGGGGUCGCUGUCCUCCAGCUCCCCGCUGAGCUGCGGAGGCAGUGUGUGCGACCGAUCCUCCGACUGUGAUUUCUGGCGUCCCCCGUCUCCCUCCUCCUCACCAGAUUCAGAGAAAUGCUCCACUCCAGCAGCGGAGGACGGUCACCACUUCAACAUCCCGCUCUUUCCUUACUCCUGGACGGCGUACUCCGGCUCUGAGCUGAGGCAUCUGGUUCAGGGACCGUACCAUCACCACCUCCAGGGCCACAGGGAGCCUCACUCACCCGGCAGCAUCUACGGCGCGGAGGACAGCGGCACCGAGCCGCUUUACGCACAGCGGGGCCCGGUGGCCAGAUGCCACCAGGACUAUUCUUCAACGGGACACCAAAUCUGCAGGAUGCGGGACGGAGACGAGCUGUAUCGGGAUGUAAAGCAGAAAGCCCGCGGCGCGGAAAUCAAGACUGAACGUGACUUUAUUUGUUCUAACGUCGAGUCAAGUGGAUCAUUUAAGUGCAUUAAAUGUUGCAAGGUGUUCUCCACGCCUCACGGGUUGGAGGUCCACGUGCGGCGGUCGCACAGUGGGACACGCCCGUUUGAGUGCGGGAUCUGCGGGAAAACCUUCGGACACGCAGUGAGCCUGGACCAGCACAGAGCGGUUCACUCGCAGGAGCGAAGCUUCAGCUGUAAAAUCUGCGGUAAAAGCUUCAAGCGCUCCUCCACGCUGUCCACGCACCUGCUCAUCCACUCGGACACGCGGCCUUAUCCGUGCCAGUACUGCGGGAAGAGGUUCCACCAAAAGUCGGACAUGAAGAAACACACCUUCAUCCACACAGGUGAGAAGCCGCACAAGUGCCAGGUGUGCGGGAAGGCGUUCAGUCAGAGCUCUAACCUCAUCACGCACAGCAGGAAACACACAGGCUUCAAACCUUUCGGCUGUGACCUCUGCGGGAAAGGUUUCCAGAGGAAAGUGGACCUGAGGAGACACAAGGAGACGCAGCACGGACUCAAAUGAGCACACUCGGAUGCUGGAAUCCUGCACUUUUAAUGUACUCCGACUGUACAUAUGGACGGUCGUGUUUUAUUCUGUUCUAUGGUUUUAUGCGUUGACCUUCUUUUUCCUAUUGUUGAAUGUAGUUAAAUACUUAGCCUGAAAUAUUUUGGUUGAUUUUAUGGAAAUGAAAAUUUAUUUAUCGCGUUUGUUUUUACAUUAUUAUAAUAAUAAUAAAAAUGUACCUAUAGAUAGUUCA